AUGCCGUCCCUCGACCUCACCACCAACGUCAAGAUCGAAGAUGAGAAGGCGUUCGCGCUCGAGUUCUCCAAGGCGAGUGAGAUGAAUAUGCCUUGGAGCAUCCUGGGUAAACCUGAGAAAUACAUCUCCGUCAAUGUCAAAUACAACCCAGCCCUCACGUUUGCUGGAUCAUUCGACCCCGCGUUCCUGCUCACCAUCGUGAGCUUGGACAACAUCAAGCCUGAUCUGAAUGAGAAAUACAGCGCGGAGCUGUUCGCGUUCUUCAAGGAGAAACUCGGCGUUCCAGGAGAUAGGGGCUACGUUGUCUUCAACGAUCCAGGCAGGGCCUACAUUGGUCACCAAGGAACGACCUUCGCUGCCAUCUUCGGCAAGUAA